AGGCGGAGGUUGGUGUCGGCGGCUGCAGCGCUCCGGGCCCCGCCCUUGGAGGAGGUGCCUCCUCUCCUGCCGGCCGGAGAUGCCGUUGCCCGCCCGCUUUCCUCCCUCCGCAGCCGGGCCGCUGUCGCUGAGUGAGGGCGCGCUCGGCCUAGUUUGACCCGGGUGAGGCGUCGUCGUUCUCCAGUGUCCGGGACAGGCGGCGGCGAGGCGGCCUGGAGCUCAGAAAGUUAUUGUGAUUUUAUAACAAACUGAAGCAUCAUGGCAGAUGAUAGUGAAUGGAUGAAAUUACCCAUCGAUCAGAAAUGUGAACACAAGUUGUGGAAAGCCAGGUUAAAUGGCUAUGAAGAAGCUUUGAAGCUGUUUGAGAAAAUCGAUGACGAGAAAAGCCCUGAAUGGUCCAAGUACCUUGGACUUAUAAAGAAAUUUGUAGUAGAUUCCAAUGCAGUAGCUCAGCUGAAAGGAUUAGAAGCCGUACUUGCCUAUGUUGAAAAUGCACAUGUAGCAGGGAAAACAACAGGCGAAGUAGUCUCUGGAGUUGUCAAUAAAGUGUUCAACCAGCCUAAAGCAAGAGCCAAGGAGCUAGGCAUGGACAUAUGCAUUAUGUUUAUUGAAAUUGAAAAAGGGGAAGUGGUACAAGAAGAGCUACUAAAAGGUUUGGACAACAAGAACCCCAAGAUCAUAGUAGCAUGUAUAGAGACAUUAAGGAGGGCACUAAGUGAAUAUGGUUCAAAAAUAAUCUCACUGAAGCCAAUAAUCAAAGUAUUGCCAAAACUUUUUGAGUCUCGAGAGAAGGCUGUUCGAGAUGAAGCCAAACUUCUUGCUGUGGAGAUCUAUCGAUGGAUACGGGAUGCACUUCGGCCUCCAUUACAGAAUAUAAACUCUGUUCAGCUAAAAGAACUGGAAGAAGAAUGGGUCAAACUACCCCCAUCUGCUCCCAAGCAGACCAGAUUUCUCCGUUCUCAGCAAGAAAUGAAAGCAAAGUUUGAGCAGCAACAGGCAGCAGGUGGAGAUGCAGAUGGAGGAGGAGAUGAUGGUGAUGAAGGUGUUCCGCAGGUAGAUGCUUAUGAACUCCUGGAGGCUGUGGAAAUUCUUUCCAAACUUCCGAAAGAUUUCUACGACAAGAUAGAGGCCAAAAAAUGGCAGGAGAGGAAAGAAGCUUUAGAAGCUGUGGAAGUGCUGGUGAAAAACCCCAAACUAGAAGCUGGAGAUUAUGCAGACUUAGUGAAAGCACUUAAGAAGGUUGUUGGAAAGGAUACCAAUGUAAUGUUGGUUGCUUUGGCUGCAAAAUGCCUUGCUGGACUGGCUACGGGUCUCAGGAAGAAAUUUGGGCAGUAUGCAGGUCAUGUUGUCCCGACAAUAUUAGAGAAGUUCAAGGAAAAAAAGCCUCAGGUGGUGCAAGCCUUGCAGGAAGCCAUUGAUGCCAUCUUCCUUACAACGACAUUAGUAAACCUUAGUGAAGACAUAUUGGCUGUGAUGGAUAACAAAAACCCAACCAUCAAGCAGCAGACGUCCCUCUUCAUUGCAAGAAGUUUUCGUCACUGCACUCCAGCUACCCUUACCAAAAGCCUGCUGAAACCAUUCUGUGCUGCUCUACUCAAGCAUAUUAAUGACUCAGCCCCUGAAGUUAGAGAUGCUGCAUUUGAAGCCCUGGCUACUGCCCUGAAGGUGGCAGGAGAGAAAGCUGUGAACCCUUUCCUAGCUGAUGUUGAUAAACUGAAACUUGAUCGGAUUAAAGAUUGUGCUGAAAAAGUGGAGUUGGCUGGUGGUGGUAAAGCUGGUAGAGGAACUGAUAGAAAAGAGAGCAAGCCUGUGUCUGGGAAGGCUCCUGUUCUUUCAGGAGCUGCAGGAGAUAAAGAUACAAAAGAAAAUGUGGUCAAAUCUGGUCCGCUGAAGAAAGCACCUUCUGCUAAGGCUGGUGGUCCACUCAAGAAGGGGAAACAAGCUGCAGCUGGUGGUGUAGGAAGUGCUGGAUCGAAAGGCAAGAAGGGAGCUGACAUGAAGGAGAUAUUUGAACCAGAGCUCUCGAUAGAAGUAUGUGAAGAGAAGGCUUCAGCUGUCCUACCAGCUUCUUGCAUACAGCAGCUGGAUAGCAGCAACUGGAAAGAGAGGCUCGCCUGUAUGGAGGAGUUUCAGAAGGCUGUUGAACUGAUGGACAAAACUGAAAUGCCAUGCCAGGCUCUAGUAAGGAUGUUGGCCAAGAAACCUGGAUGGAAGGAGACUAACUUUCAGGUGAUGCAGAUAAAGCUUCACAUAGUUGCCUUGGUUGCUCAGAAGGGAACCUUCUCCAAAACAUCAGCUCAAAUUGUGCUGGACGGUCUUGUGGAUAAGAUUGGUGAUGUGAAGUGUGGCAACAAUGCAAAAGAAGCACUGACUGCAAUAGCAGAGACCUGCCAGCUACCCUGGACUGCUGAACAGGUAAUGUCAAUGGCUUUUUCUCAGAAGAAUCCAAAGAACCAAUCAGAAACCCUGAACUGGCUCUCAAAUGCAAUUAAGGAGUUUGGAUUUUCAGGAUUGAAUGUAAAGGCUUUCAUCAGCAAUGUUAAGACCGCUCUUGCAGCUACAAAUCCAGCUGUGAGAACAUCUGCCAUUACCUUAUUGGGUGUCCUGUAUCUUUACGUGGGCCCUUCUUUACGAAUGUUCUUUGAGGAUGAGAAACCUGCCCUUCUGUCUCAAAUAGAUGCAGAGUUUGAAAAAGUGCAAGGACACACAGCACCGGCUCCAACUCGAGCCAGUUUCAGACACACUGUUGGUACCGGAGAUGAUGGCGAGGAAGGAGAAGAUCAGGAGGAAGCAGGAAAUGAUGUUGUAGAUCUCUUGCCAAGAGCUGACAUCAGUGAUAAGAUCACUUCUGAAUUAGUGUCCAAGAUUGGUGAUAAAAACUGGAAAAUUCGAAAGGAGGGUCUAGAUGAAGUGGCAAGCAUCAUUAAUGAAGCCAAAUUCAUUCAGCCAAACAUAGGCGAACUUGCACCUGCAUUGAAGAGUCGUCUCAAUGAUUCCAAUAAAAUCCUGGUUCAGCAAACAUUGUCCAUCCUCCAGCAGCUGGCUGUUGCUAUGGGCCCAAAUAUCAAGCAACAUGUAAAAAAUCUGGGCAUUUCCAUCAUCACAAUCCUUGGAGACAGUAAGAGCAAUGUGCGAGCAGCUUCCCUAACUACUAUAAAUGCCUGGACAGAACAGACAGGCAUGAAAGAGUGGUUGGAAGGUGAAGACCUAUCUGAAGAGCUCAAGAAAGAAAACCCUUUCCUAAGGCAAGAGCUUUUAGGCUGGCUGGCUGAAAAGUUGCCCACUCUCCGUACAGUCCCCUCAGACCUGUUCUUUUGCGUGCCUCACCUGUACUCUUGCUUGGAGGAUCGAAAUGGAGAUGUCCGUAAAAAGGCACAGGAUGCUCUGCCAUUUUUUAUGAUGCAUCUGGGAUUUGAAAAGAUGGCCAAAGCCACUGGGAAGCUGAAGCCAGCCUCCAAAGACCAGGUACUGACGAUGCUUGAAAAAGCCAAAGCCAACAUGCCUGCCAAACCUGCUCCGCCUAAGACAUGUUCCAGAGCUUCAGGAGCAGCUCCUGCCAAAUGUCACUCUGCAUCAGGUUCUGGUGAAGAUUUUAUGGCCAGUUCUGCGGAUACCAAGCCUGAUCCCAAAAAGGCCAAAGCAGGAGGAACUGCCCCUAAAACCAAGCAUUCAGAUAUUAAUACGAGCCUCACCAAAGGCAAUAGCAGUCUCACAAAGAUCAAGCCUAUCAAACAGGGUAUACAGGGGAAGAAGGUUCCAAGCAAGUCCAACCUGAAAGAAGAUGAUGAUCGUUCUGGUCCAGUGUUUGUUAUCGUCCCAGGUGGGAAAGAGCAAAGAAUGAAAGAGGAAAAAGGAUUAAAGGUUUUGAAAUGGAACUUCACGACUCCUCGUGAUGAAUAUAUUGAGCAACUGAAGACUCAGAUGUCCACCUGUAUUGCCAAGUGGCUACAAGAUGAGAUGUUUCACUCAGAUUUUCAGCAUCACAACAAAGCAAUUGCUGUAAUGGUUGAGCACCUGGAGAGUGAAAAGGAUGGUGUUAUUAGCUGUUUGGAUCUGAUCCUAAAAUGGCUCACCUUGAGGUUCUUUGACACUAACACAAGUGUCCUCAUGAAGGCCUUGGAGUAUCUCAAGCUGCUUUUUACUAUGUUGAACCAAGAAGAAUAUCAUCUGACUGAGAAUGAAGCAAACUCCUUCAUCCCUUAUCUUGUAUUAAAGGUUGGGGAACCUAAAGAUGUUAUCCGCCGAGAUGUGCGUGCCAUUCUGAAUAGGAUGUGCCUUGUCUGUCCAGCCAGCAAAAUGUUUACUUUUAUCAUGGAAGGGACCAAGUCGAAGAACUCAAAACAGCGGGCAGAGUGCUUGGAAGAACUGGGGUGUCUAGUUGAAUCAUAUGGUAUGAAUGUGUGUCAACCAACUCCCAGCAAAGCUUUAAAGGAAAUGGCAGUUCACAUUGGGGACAGGGACAACACUGUCAGAAAUGCUGCACUCAACACCAUUGUAACAGUUUACAAUGUACAUGGAGAUCAGGUGUUCAAGCUCAUUGGAAACCUAUCUGAAAAAGACAUGAGCAUGUUGGAGGAGCGAAUAAAGCGAUCUGCUAAGAGGCCAAAUGCUGCUUUGGCAAGGCAGGUAGAAGAAAAACCACAGCGCAUUCAGAGCGUUAGUGCCAAUAUCAAUAUGCUGCGGAAGGGACCAGUGGAAGACAUGUCUUCCAAACUCAAAAUUAUGUAUCGCACUUAUAGGAUCCAAGCCCGUAAUAUGAGUGGCCACUCUGAAUCAACACACACAGUUCCACGGGAGUUUCAGCUGGAUCUAGAUGAGAUAGAAAACGAUAAUGGUACAGUUCGAUGUGAAAUGCCAGCACUUGUCCAGCACAAACUGGAUGAUAUCUUGGAACCAGUUCUGAUCCCAGAACCCAAGAUCCUUGCUGUGUCCCCACAUUUUGAUGAUAUGCACAGUAACACAGCAUCCACCAUCAACUUUGUUAUCUCCCAGGUAGCCAGUGGUGAUAUCAAUACAAGCAUCCAAGCUUUAGCUCAGAUUGAUGAAGUCCUGAGACAAGAAGAUAAAGCGGAAGCUAUGUCUGGACACAUUGACCAGUUUUUAAUAGCAACAUUCAUGCAACUGAGGCUCAUUUAUAAUACACACAUGGCUGACGAGAAACUUGAUAAAGAUGAGAUAGUCAAGUUGUACAGUUGCAUAAUUGGAAACAUGAUUUCGCUGUUCCAGAUUGAAAGUUUGGCAAGGGAGGCCUCUGCUGGAGUGCUGAAGGACUUGAUGCAUGGUCUUAUUACCUUAAUGCUGGAUUCGAGGAUUGAAGACCUAGAGGAAGGCCAGCAGGUUAUCAGAUCUGUAAACCUCUUGGUGGUUAAAGUCCUGGAGAAAUCUGACCAAACCAACAUACUGAGUGCCCUACUUGUUCUGCUCCAAGACAGUCUUCUAGCAACAGCAAGCUCUCCGAAAUUCUCAGAACUUGUCAUGAAGUGUUUAUGGAGGAUGGUGAGACUUCUCCCUGAAACUAUCAACACCAUCAAUCUGGACCGAAUUAUGUUGGACAUCCAUAUUUUCAUGAAAGUAUUUCCAAAAGAGAAGCUGAAGCAGUGCAAGAGCGAAUUUCCCAUUCGGACAUUAAAGACCUUGAUUCACACCUUGUGCAAGCUGAAAGGACCCAAGAUCCUAGAUCAUCUGACAAUGAUCGAUAAUAAGAAUGAGUCUGAAUUGGAGGCUCACUUGUGCAGAGUGAUGAAGCACUCCCUGGACCAAACUGGAAGUAAAACAGAUAAAGGCACAGAAAAAGGAGCUUCUCGGAUAGAUGAAAAGUCACCAAAGGCCAAAGUGAAUGAUAUUUUAGCAGAGAUAUUUAAGAAAAUUGGCUCUAAGGAGAAUACUAAAGAGGGCCUGGCAGAGUUAUACGAAUACAAAAAGAAAUAUUCUGAUGCAGAUAUUGAGCCGUUUCUCAAGAACUCUUCCCAGUUCUUCCAGAGCUAUGUGGAAAGAGGGCUCCGGCUGAUUGAACUGGAAAGGGAAGGCAAAGGACGCAUUCCUUCUUCUACAGGGGUUUCUCCACAGAUGGAGGUAACGUGUAUCCCUGCUCCCACCAAUACAGUAUCUUCAUCAAUAGGAAAUUCAAAUGGUGAAGAGGUGGGGCCUUCUGUCUACCUAGAAAGGCUAAAAAUCCUCAGGCAACGAUGUGGCCUUGACAAUGCAAAGCAGGAAGACAGACCACCCCUGACUUCCCAGCUCUCCAAGCCAUCGGUUCCUACAGUUGCAUCCUCCACAGAUAUGCUCCACAGUAAGCUUUCGCAGCUCCGUGAGUCACGAGAACAAUACCAGCACAUUGAUAUGGACUCCAAUCAGACCCACUCUUCUGGAACUACCACUUCUUCCUCCACAGCAUCCAAUAUUGAUGACCUGAAAAAAAGACUGGAGAGAAUAAAAAGCAGCCGCAAGUGAAAGGGUGUGCGAGCACGGCUGUUGCAGAGCUGUUCAGCCUUAGUUUACUAAACUAGAAGUCUUCAUAGCUAAAGUGGCCUCAUGUAGGCCUCAUGUAUACAAACUGGUUUAUGUGUAUAAUAUCGUGGAUCUUGGAGGAAGAUCCAAGUCAUUGUGGCACAAGUCUUUGUACAUAUUUUGCUUCUUUGUGAGCAUCUCUUAACUGUAGAAAACUUGUCUGUGUAUUAGUUUUAGUGUACAGGCCUGUAAACAAACAUCCUCUGGGUCAGCCCAGUUUCUCAUAACUUGUUUUUAUUUGUAAAGUUGUCCUAUGUUUCCUAGCUAUUAACUCUUUGAAGCUCUCCAGUGGAUUCUCUUUUUAUUUUGUGCAUUUCUCCAUAUAAUCCUUGAACCGUUUCUGUAUGGACGCAUGGCAUGAAGUAACUAAUUUAAGUGUCUUUUUGUAAAUAAAGUUUGAAUUAACUCUCUGGGAGCAACAGUGACUGUUGGUGGGAAAAGUCUGUCAGUGUUUCUAGAUGCCAGCAUUUUGGCAUUCCUUGAUCGGAGUGAAUGGCUGAAGUCACAGCAGUCGCAGUGGAUUGGUACACAUUGAGGCUUUUUUUGAAAGCAGAGUCAUUAAAAGGGCAAGCACACUGCAGGUUGCUAUUGCCAGAGCCUCCUGAAUGGUUUGGGGAGAAGGCUUUUCCUGACUAUCUGCUCUGAGGACGCCGUUUCAUCUCUUUUGAUAUUAACUUUUAACUUGAAAGAUGAAUUCAACAUCGCACCUUCAAGACUGGACUGAAUUCUUCUGAUGACUUUUUGUUCCUCAUUUUGUCAUUAUGUACAUGCUAGAACCUUAAAUAUUUAAAUGUGCUGAUUUGAUCUAGCAAAUUCCCAGUUUAGUUGCCAAUCAUAAGCAGUUAGGGACUUUGUAUGACUUGUGAUUGCUCCUGAAGAUUGAGAAUGUCUCCUUAGGACACUGUUUCCUGAUCGCUGGUGAAGUGGGUGAUGCUUUGGUGAAAGAUGAAGGUCAGGAGAUUUCUGGAAACUAUUGCUGUUUUUAUGUAUGUAUUAUGCAGUGUAACAUCUGUGUACCUGUUAUGUUCUGAUUCACAGAACCUCCUUAGAAUUUAAAGGGUUUUUUCUUUUGUGUUUUCUAGGUCUUCCCUGAUGCACCACUUUUGGUUAUUUUGAACUAAGUCAUUUUGCAGCUUCAUAGUGGUAAUCCUUCAAAUCUUAGUGCUUUCCCAUGACUGACAGAGGCUUCAUCUCAUUUUCAUUUCUUCACAAUGAUGAUAGUGCUGUCUGUAACAAACCUUUCAACUGUACCCAAACUACCAAUUUAAUUUAUAUAGAAACCUCACAGACCACUGUUUUGUGUGUGCACUGCUUUAUAAAUGUAGCCCACCAUAGAGCGCUAUUGUACAUGAGAGAAUUUUGUCCAUGUGCUCUGCAGUCUCCCCCCCCCCCACCCCCAAUCCUGGGUUAUUUCAGUUUAUUCCUUUGCAAACACUUAUUGCAAGUAGGGCUGUAACGAGUGAAUUAGCAUCCCUGUCAAACCAGAGAGAAAAUGGGCUGAAUAUUUUAAAGCUGCAAAUCAUCAUUUGCUUGCACUGUGCUGUGCCUUGAAAUGAUGCAAAAUGCUUGUGGUUUUUACUAAGCUAUAUUUUUCUUGUGCGGUUUCAGAGCACAAUCCCUUUUGUAACUGAUGCCCUAAUCUUAAUUUCAUUCUAUAGAAAAGCAUUACACUAUGGCCUACUGGGUCACUUCAGUGAUAUAAUAAAUGCACUAAUAAUGAUGGGCUAGUGGUUGUUGGAUGCAACUGGUAAAAUAGUGUCAUAAAUGAGACUUGGAAAUGCAAUGAAGCUUUUGUGACAAACUUUCUGCUUUGUCUACAACAGCUCUCCCACUCCUCAGUGCAGCAGUGCAGGUUUGGUUUUGUGGUACAUGGUUUCCCUUUCAAUACUGAUUUCAGAAAUGCCCUAUUUAGGUCUAUUUAGCUUAACAAAAAGGCAGUGGAAAUGUUUCUACAGAACGUUUGAAUAAAUGUUACAUUUUACUACUAAAUUUCUCUGUACUCCCUGAAUCUUGGCAAUAUAACUAUGAAAAGUACUCCCAGAGAAAGGUAACCAGUUUCUCUCUUUGCCAGUGACUGAGGACAACAUUUCCUCUGUGUAACUGUGGAUUGUAUAGAGAAGAACAUCUAUUUUUAAUGAGUGUAAACAAAUGAUUGUAACUGUCAAUAUUUAUAGAAUUUGACAUUCAGAUUUUCUUUUUAAUGGUGCCUCACUCACUCAGUGGAGGGAUGAUUUCUGCUGUAGAAAAGACUCGGCUACAGCUGUUAAAAUAGCAGAAUCCGUUGCUUUGCUUUCAGAAAUGCUACUGUGCUAUUUCUUAAUGAGUUAAAUAAAACCACAUCCCACUAA